AGUGGUGAGACUUGAUCAGUGGGGAGACUUGUUCCUCCCAUUAUUUUGGCCAUUUUGGGGAAUUAAAAUUUUUUUUGUUGGCAUCAGUGUUUCUUGCCAUCCACUUUCCAUUGUUGUAAUUUGCAUCUGUGAGUUUAACUGUUGUUGCUGUCCAGUAAGAGGGAAAGAAAGAUUUUUCACCGAAUUAACUUUUAUUUUGAACUAUGGGUCUUACAUAUAAAAGGAAAGAGGGAGUCAAAGCUAGGAAAAAAAUUGACUCUAGAAAUAUGGAACUUGCAGUAAUGGCGUGCCUUGGGGGAAAAAGUUUCCGAGGAGCAUCAAAGGAAUUUCAAGUCCCACUAAUGACCUUAAAACGCUAUGUUAGGAAGCAGUUAAGUCAAGAUACUGAAAUUUCUUAUUCUUCUACAUACAACAAGUCUCAGGUGGUUUCAACUGAGGAAGAAAAUUCUUUAUGUGAAUACUUGAAAACGGCAAGCAAAUUACACCAUGGCCUGAGUGCAAAAAGUGUGCGUGCAUUUGCAUAUCAAUUUUCUUCUGAAAAUAAAAAGAAAAUUCCUGAAAAUUGGAAGAAAGAGGGCAAAGCUGGAAAUGACUGGUUCAGAGGUUUCAUGAGAAGGCAUCCUGAACUCUCUCUUCGUACACCAGAAGGAACCAGUAUAAGCAGAGGAAGCAGCUUUAAUAAACACAAUGUUAGACAGUUUUUUGAUAAUCUUCGCCAGAUUAUCACUAGGGAAGUUCUUGGUCCAGAAUCUAUUUGGAACAUAGACGAAACGGGUCUUACUACAGUCCACAAACCAGGAAAAAUAGUGGCUGUAAGAGGAGAGAAACAGGUAGGAAAAGUGACUUCUGCCGAGAGAGGUGAACUUGUGACAGCAUGUUGUGCAAUAAACGCUAUAGGAGGCCACAUCCCACCUUUCAUGAUCUUUCCACGUGUGAACUGGCAGGAUAGGAUGCUGCAUGGAGCUCCUCCUGGAACCAGUGGUUCCACUCAUUCCAGCAGUUGGAUGACAGCUGAUAAUUUUGUUUUGUUUUUAAAACAUUUUCAUAAGUAUGUAAAAUGCAGUGCUCAACACAAAGCACUUAUCAUCAUGGACAAUCAUGAUAGUCAUAUUAGUUUGGAAUCCUUACAUUUUGCAAAAGAAAAUGGAAUUACUCUUUUGACAAUUCCUCCCCAUACAUCCCACAAAAUACAGCCCCUUGAUAGGUCAGUGUAUGGUCCACUGAAGGCAUAUUACAAUUCUGCUGCAGGAGACUGGAUGACAGCGCAUCCAGGGAAAACUAUCUCUAUCUAUGAUAUCUCCGAGAUUUUUGGUAGAGCUUUCCCUAAAGCUUUUACACCCAGCAAUGUGAUUAGUGGUUUUCGGGUUUCAGGCAUAUGGCCAUUUAACUCUGAUAUUUUUACAGAUGAUGAAUUUUUGUCUGUAUAUACAACAGACCACUUACAAUCUGUGGAAGUCUGUGAUUCUCCAAAAGAGUUUGUUUCAUUAUCAACACCUUCAUCUUCUGGAAUUAGACCUAGUGCUAUUGGAUACAGAUCCUUUGAAGAUAUCAGACCACAUCCUAAGGCAGCAGCUCACACUACAACUAGACGAGGAAGGAAACGAGCAUGUACCGCAAUCCUAACAAACACACCAGUAAAAGAUAAACUUGAGGCAGAACUCAGAGCAAGAAAAGCACGAAGAUUGAAACCUGUGGGAAGACCUAAGAGGCUGAACUUUGAAAACAAGAAACAAACGUAUAAGCCAAAAGUAGAAACUUCUGAAAGUGAAGAACUGUCUCCAUGUGAGUUUGAUAAUGACUUGGAGAGUUUGAGUAACAGUGAUUCUGAUGAAAUUUUGAAUAAUGAACCAGGCACUGGAAAAUGGAUCAUUGCUACCUUCCAAACAAAGAAAUCUGAAAAACAUUAUGUGGGAGAGAUUGUCAAUGUUCCUGACGAAGAGAAUUUCACCAUAAAAUGUGUGAGGAAGAUAGAGGGUCAACGGUUCAAGUGGCCAGAAACUGAAGACAUAUGUGACAUUGAAAGGAACCAAAUUGUACGAGUCAUUCCAACUCCAGCAUUUUCUUCAAAGAAUGACAGAGUUACCAGUUUCAUUUUUAACAGUGUCAAAUUUGAGGGCUUUAAUAUUCAAUAGUUUGUAUGUUUGUCUAUAAUUUCAUCAUGUUAAAUACUUCAAACACAGGCAGCCGUUAUUGACUUU